ACAAAAUAUUUACAUUUGAUCAUGUUUGUGAUUGUAUGGAUGAAUGUAGUGAUGAACAAGAACAAUACGCAUUAAGUUAUUCAACAUGUUAUAAAAGUGCAAAAAUGACUUGUGAAGAACAUUAUUGUAAUCCCUUAGAAUUCUCCUGUGGCGAUGGUGAAUAUGAUGAGCAAGUUACAAACAUAAGUUGUAAAUUAAAUCUAACAAAUCCACGUUUUAAGUGUCUUAAAACCGAUAAAUGUAUUUUAAGAAGACAAUUGCUAGAUGGAAUAUCUCAAUGUAAAGAUAAUUCAGAUGAAACAUUUCCCAUUAAAUGUACUGAGUUAGACGAUAUUGGCUGCCAAUAUCUUCGAGGUGACGAGUUGUUGCUUUCUUCAUACAUUAAUUUUCGUGAAUAUUGUAAUGGUUUUACACAUGAAUAUUACUAUUUGAAAAAUGAAACAGAUGAAACGGAUUGUAAUGAAUUAUGUCUUACAGAUUAUACAUUAUGUGAUGGUGUUUGGAAUUGUUUAAAUGGACGUGAUGAGUUAGACUGUCCAAAUAGAAUAGUUGAAUCAUCCAUAAAAAAUGAUAUAGCGGAAUGUGAAAUAAAUGAACAUUAUUGUUUCAAACUGAAUCUAAACGGUACUGUUGAUUUGACUUGUCUACCGAUUGAACAAGCAAAUAAUGAUAUCAUUGAUUGCUUGGGUUCGUAUGAUGAACGAAAAUAUUGCCGUGAUCAAAACAUUUCAUUACAAUUGGAAACAUUGAGGGGCUUUCGUUGUUGGAACAGUAAUAUUUGUAUACAUGCAAUAAAAGUAUGUGACGGUGUUACUGACUGCCCAUCGAAUGAUGAUGAAAUGAUUUGUCCUUGGAAAAAGUUCAAGUGCUUUAUUCCCUUGAUAUAUGACACGAUUUUAUGUAAAGAAACAGGCGUUUGUAUAAGUGCAUCAAGGCAUCGUUGUACAGGCAAAUUUGAUUGUCUUCAUGGUGAUGAUGAAUGGCUUUGUGAUCUUGAUAAUAAAGUAAAAGUAAAUCCAUUUCAAAUAGAUUACUUAAGUGAAUAUCCACCUGUAGUGGUAAGACGGUCAUCGAGCAGGAAAUUAUCAGAAAUUUUGAGUGUACGUGAUAUUAUUUACUGCAAUCGAGGCAUUGUGGUUGAAUCAAAAUAUCAGCCAACAUACAAAGCUUGUUUAUGUCCGUCAUCUUAUUAUGGUGAAAAGUGUCAAUAUCAAAGCGAUCGCAUAACGGUUCAUUUUCGAAUUCAAACACGAAGUUCCAUAUCUCGUCAAACAGUGUUUAAGUUUGUUCUUUUCCUUCUUGACGAUAAUAAUACAAUUAUAUCUCAUGAACAAAUUAAUCAUAUGCCCUACAAACAAAGUCUAUAUAAGCACUUGAUAUAUUUACCCUAUUUAAGAUCGAAAUCAGUUGAAAACCAGUUGUCUGUUCAAAUUGAUGCUUAUCGCGUCACUAUUACGGACUUAACAUAUGAAUCUAGUUGGUAUUUCGAUGUUAAAUUGUCAUUUCUACCCGUUAAUAGACUUAUCAUCAAAUUAAUUGUUAAAGAGAAAAAUGAAGAAAAACAGCACACUCCGAUAGAAUGUAGUGAUGUUUGUGUACAUGGCAGUUGUUCAAUAUAUCAAAAUUCCAAAAGACAAUUAUGUUUGUGUCAUGAUGGAUGGGCAGGCAAACUUUGUAAUAAAAAGUCACGAAAUGAUACUUGUACUAGUAAUAGUUGUGGUAAAGGUGCGGUGUGUGUAACUACAGCAGUAGAAAAUCCCAUUUGUAUUUGUCCACUUGGAUACACAGGAUAUAGUUGCCAUGCUCGUUAUAAUCCAUGUAAGAGUAUUCAGUGUGCGAAUAAAGGACAUUGUCUACCAUUCGAUGAUCGAACAUUAAAAUAUAUUUGUGCUUGUCCAGAAGAUUAUUUUGGUGAUGAAUGUCAAUAUAGUAGUGCAAAAGUGUCAAUUCAAUUUCCAUAUAUAGAUAUUCUAGCUGUUGUGAUACAUUUUGUUGAUCAGAAUUCUUUAGAUGCUUUUGUGCAUCGAAAACGGCUUUUAUAUAGAAAUAUUCAACCGAAUAAAUAUUUGUCAAUUGUUUAUGAAAAAGAGUUGUAUUUGUCAUCAUUCAUCUAUGUACAAAUCUUUGUUGAUAAUAAUCGUUUUUAUGGUACGUAUUAUCUUCUAGCUUUUCUUCCCAAUAAAACAAAAUCGAUUGUUACAUCUGUUAAAGAGCUUGAUAGGUGUCCAUAUGUAAACGAAUUAUUAAAUUUUACUUCACCUUUAAAUGGUAUUAAAUUAUAUCAUAGAAUAUGUCAUAUGAACAAUAAAACACUUAAAUGUUUUCAUGAUGAUAUUUAUAUGUGUUUCUGUAACAGUAAUCGAUAUGCUGAUUGUCUCAUAUUUGAUCAUCGUAUUGGUAAUUGUAGUAAUAAUAAUGAAUGUUUAAAUGAAGGUCGAUGUAUUGACAGUGCACAUAAUGGAAUCGUAACUAUGGUUUGUAUUUGUAAAGAAUGUUAUUAUGGUUCAAGAUGUGAACUUUCAUCAGCUCAAUAUACUUUAACAUUAGAUGCUCUUAUUGGAACAGAAAUACAAAUUGGUGUAUCAUUAAAUAAUCAAAAAUUAAUAAUCAAAUUAACAUUUACAAUUGUUUUAUUCAUCAUUAUAAUUGGAUUAAUAUCCAAUACAUUAUCAUUCAUAACAUUUUCUCAACCAAAAACAAGUGAAAAUGGUUGUGGAUUUUAUUUAUUAUGUAUUUCAAUAAUAAGUCAGAUAGUUUUAAUUGUUCUAGCAGCAAGAUUUUUCUAUUUAUUAAUAACACAAAUAAGUAUAAAACAAAAUCGUUCAAUAAUUUAUAUUGGAUGUAUAACAUUAGAAUUUAUGUUAACAUUUUUCACACACAUAUUUGAUUGGUUAACUGCAUGUAUUGCUGUUGAGAGAAUGGUCGCUGUUGUUGGCGGAAUAAAAUUUGAUAAAAAACAGAGUAGAAAAAUAUCGAAACUUGUUGUAUUCAUACUAGUCUUAUUCAUAUUUACUACUACUAUACAUCAACCAUUUUUUACUCGUCAACUAAUUAAUGAUCAAUAUGAUCGUAUUUGGUGUGUUAUGAGAUCAUCAUAUACAUGGCUUGAAAAAUAUGAAACAAUCAUAAAUAUAUUACAUCUUCUUUUACCGUUAAUUAUUAAUCUUAUUUCAGCAUGUAUAAUAUUUACAAAAGUUGCUCGAAUAAAAACAAAUAUAUCAAUAAGAAAACGAAAAAAUAUAAAAAAUAGUUAUUAUAAAACAAUAAGAAAACAAAUUUGUUUAAAUAAACAUCUUUUAACAAGUCCAUUAAUUAUAAUUUUAUUUCGAUUACCACGUUUAAUUUUUUUCAUAGCAUUUUUAUUUAAUUUUAUUUUAUGUUUAAAAUUUUCAUUUCAAAAUUAUUUAUAUUUAGUUGUAUAUUUUAUUUCAUUCAUACCAUUUAUAACAUCAUUAGGUAUUUUUGUUUGGCCAUCACCAUUAUAUUUAAAAGAAUUACNACCUUUGACGUCAGUGACGAGACCUGUGUCGUAUUAUAGAGCUCAGCAGGCUGAACCGAAUGGUGAAAACCACAAGUCUCUGGCCUUGUUAGAAAAGAAAUUAUAG